CACCCAUUAAUAAUCCAUUUAAGCGAUUCCUCUCUCUUUCCGUCUGCAAAAUCCAAUACUAACAAAAUGGCCGGAGAAAUCCCACCGUCACCAGCGGAGGAGAUCGUCUCAUCCCUCAAGCCCCACUUGUUCCGAACUUCCCCAUCCUUCCGCCUCCGAUCCCCGAGCCUCAAUUCCCUCCGCCUCCACCGCGUUUUCGACCUCUUCGAUCGCAACGGCGAUGGUGAAAUCACGUCCGAAGAGCUCUGCCUCGCCCUCGAUUGCCUCGGCCUCGGGGUCGACCCCGCUGAACUCAGCUCCUCCAUCGCAUCUUACAUCCCGCCCGGCCGUCUCGGGCUCGAUUUCGACAACUUUAAUUCAAUCCACCGCGCCCUCGGCGACGCUUUCCUCGACGCAGAUGGCGGCGGCGGAGAGGUGGAAGAGGAGGAGGAGAUGAGAGAGGCGUUUAAGGUUUUUGACGAGGACGGCGAUGGAUUCAUCUCGGCGAAAGAGUUGCAGGUGGUGCUUGGGAAGUUGGGCUUGGCUGAAGGACGGACCAUAGACCGGGUUCAACUGAUGAUCGGGUCCGUGGACCGCGAUCAUGAUGGACGGGUGGAUUUCCUUGAGUUUAAGACUAUGAUGAAGGCUGUUGAUGUGCAGAGCGCUUGAUUUUAAUCGUACGGUUAAUGAGGGUUGCUAUCCUGGAUGAAAAAUAGGGUUCUUAAGGGCAAAGUUGUAUUUUAAUGCUUGAUUAUGACCGAUUAAGUUUCUACUUAAAUAUUUGAGAGUCUUUAUCACAUUGAUUGUAUCGUAGAAGAGUUAAAGGUGAAGUUAAGAAGAUUAGACAAA